CUAUGUUGCCGUAUCCGCUGUGAUUUCAGCGCCUGGGCUUCAGUAAGGACUACUUCUGAGAUGUUACUGGUGGCUGGAUUGCAAGACAGAGUCUAUUGGGGGCUCUGAGAGGACCAAAGGGUAGUAGGGAUGCUGCUCUGUAGACGUGUGCUUGGCUCUUCGGAAUCAGUGUAGCAGCCGCGGCGAAGGAGGAGGAGGCGGCGGCGAGCGACCGCGACUGUAGCAGCUGUGGUUGGGGACCCGGAUCAGAGCUGCACAAUUGGAUUAUAGUAACAGACACCAUUAGACAUUUGAAAGAGAAACUGAACUUAGAAAAAAAAUGUUGGACACUAUAGACACUAGCCAGGCCCUACAAGCAGCGGAGCGAUUGCAGGCUAAACUUCGGGAACGAGGUGAUAUAGUGAAUGAGGACAAGUUGAGUCUCCUAAAGUCAGUCCUGCAGAGCCCUCUCUUCAGUCAGAUUCUGAACCUUCAGAUGUCAGUUCAGCAGCUGAAAGACCAGGUAAAUGUUACACCAUCCAUAUCUUCAACUGGUGAGUUCUCACAACUUCCACAUUUUGCAUCUAGUGGGCAUCCUACUUCAUAUAGUGAAUCUUAUUUAUUGGGUCAAAAUAAUGUCGAUUUUGAAUCACAUGUGGGAUCCAGUACUCCUCAAAUCAAUGGGAAACCUUCAGGUGAUGAAUUUGAUCAGCUAAUCAAAAAUAUGGCACAGGGUCGCCCUAUAGAGAUUUUUGAGCUUGUUAAGCCUACAAAUGGUGGCCUAGGGUUUAGUGUUGUGGGACUGAAGAGUGAAAACAGAGGUGAACUGGGAAUAUUUGUGCAAGAGAUUCAAGAGGGAAGUGUGGCACAAAGAGAUGGAAGAUUGAAAGAAGCCGAUCAAAUACUAGCAAUCAAUGGAUAUGCACUUGAUCAAACAAUAACACACCAACAGGCUAUCAGUAUCCUUCAGAAGGCCAAAGAUAAUGUUCAGCUCAUUGUUGCCAGAGGCUCCUUGCCUCCACUCAUGAGCCCUAUAGUUUCUCGUUCUCCAUCUGCUGCUAGCACAGUUUCAGCUCAUUCCAAUCCAGUAGUCCAGUGGGAGCAUGUGGAAACCAUUGAAUUGCUUAAUGAUGGAUCAGGCCUAGGAUUUGGUAUAGUAGGAGGAAAAUCAACUGGAGUAAUAGUAAAAACCAUUUUACCUGGAGGAGUGGCUGAUCAGCACGGGCGAUUAUGUAGCGGAGACCAUAUCCUGAAAAUUGGGGAGACAGACUUGGCUGGUAUGAGCAGUGAGCAAGUAGCACAAGUGCUCAGGCAGUGUGGGAAUCGAGUCAAGCUGGUGAUUGCAAGAGGCAUCAUAGAAGAACCCACGGGAACAACUUCUUCAGGCAUCACAUUAUCCUCUUCAAUGUCUUCCAUGUCGGAAAAGCAGGUGGAAAUGUCCAUGCAGAAAAAUGGAGAGAUUGAAACAUUCCAUGUAGAGCUCACCAAAAAUAUCCAAGGAUUAGGAAUAACCAUUGCUGGUUACAUUGGAGAUAAAAAAUCGGAAUCUUCAGGUAUAUUUGUAAAGAGCAUUACAAAAAGCAGUGCUGUUGAACAUGAUGGAAGGAUCCGUGUUGGUGACCAAAUUAUAGCAGUGGAUGGCACGGAUCUGCAGGGCUUUACAAACCAGCAAGCAGUGGAGCUUUUACGACAUACAGGACAAACUGUGCGACUGGCAUUGAUGAGAAAAAUCACUAAAUCAGAAACCCAGUCCAGGUCUGAUGAGGACUUGGACACUCCUGUUACAAAGGACAUUGUUUUGUCUGCUCCAGGUCUUAAUAUGAGUAAAGAAAACUGUGACAAGGAUGAUGUUUCCCCAACAGUGGAGAUAAAUACCAGCACGUUGCAAACUGGAGAAACUGAAAAGCAUCCAGAACCAAACCAUCAGCUACCAGAAGAAGUAGAAGUUGAUGAAGGACAGUUUGAAGAAGCAAAAUUGCGGAAUAAGUGGCAAAGGAUUAUGGGCCUUAAUUAUGAAAUAGUGGUUGCCCACAUGAACAAGUUCAGUGAGAGCAGUGGGUUGGGAAUAAGCUUGGAAGCAACUGUGGGCCAUCAUUUCAUCAGAUCUGUUCUACCCGAAGGGCCUGUUGGACACAGUGGGAAGUUUUUCAGUGGAGAUGAACUACUGGAAGUGAAUGGAAUAACUUUACUUGGUGAAAAUCACAAAGAUGUGGUGAAUAUUUUAAAAGAGCUUCCAAUUCAAGUGGCAAUGGUUUGCUGUCGUCCGCUUGCUUUACCUGUUAACCAGGAUGAGUUGGAGAGGUUGAAUCUCUCUGAUAUCCAUUUAACAGGAAAGCCUCAUGUAGACCUCGGUGAAUUCAUUGGCUCAUCAGAGACAGAGGAUACUGCUUUUGACAUGACUGUUGUGGGUCAGACUACAGAAGAGGUGCAAGGAUCAUCAUUGGCAAUGUGGGAAACCAACAUUCAGCAUAUUGAGCUGGAAAAGCGGAGCAUAGGACUUGGUUUUAGCAUAUUAGACUAUCAGGAUCCAGUUGACCCUGCUCGCACAGUCAUUGUAAUUCGCUCAUUAGUGCCUGGUGGUGUCGCUGAACAGGAUGGAAGACUUCUUCCUGGGGACCGGCUUAUGUUCGUCAAUGAUGUUAACUUGGAAAAUGGCAGUCUCGAAGAAGCUGUGCAAGCCCUGAAAGGAGCGCCAUCAGGAACCGUGAGAAUUGGAGUUACUAAACCUCUCCCUCUUUCACCAGAAGAAGGUUAUGUUUCUGCUAAGGAAGAUCCCUUUUUCUACACAGCAUACUCAUUUGAGGAGGAAGGGCCGACUGAUGUGGCUCUCUUCCAUGCUGAGGUAGCUCUGGUGGACGCAAAUGAGGCAGACUUAGCAGAUGAAUCCACCUUCGAAUCUCAGUACUCUCCUGAGGAUGAGGACGCCUUCCAAGCCUCAAUGUUAGCUCUCCAUGGCGGUGCCUGCAGCAGUGGCCUGAACUAUAGCCUCCCUAUUCCAUCAUCUCCUCCUAAGGAUACUGGUGAAAAAUCUUCUGAUCUGCUACUUGAUUUUCAAAUGUCCAGUGAGGAUCUAUACAGUAAGAAUCUGAUUCAGAGACAAGACGAAAACAUAUCUUCACUGGACUUGAGCAUGGAAGCUUCUUCUAGCUUUACCAGCACAGAUCUCCUGCCUGCACCAGCUAUUGAUAACCUUACUGAAUGUGAAAAUGCAGAGAUUUGGACUGAAUCUCAACUAACCAAUGAAACAUUAUCCAGUGCAAAAUUUGCUUCAUUUAUGCUUCCUGAUUCUACUGGACAAAAACCAGAACCCAUAAUGGCAAAGGAUUCCCUGGAUUCUUCUGAUGAAUGUGCUACAUUCCACAAUUUAUCCAAAGAGUCAUUUGAGAAGACUAUUAUCAUAGCAAAAGGCAAUUCUAGCCUAGGGAUGACGGUAAGUUCUAACAAAGAUGGCUCAGGAAUGAUAGUUCGAAGUAUCAUCCAUGGUGGAGCUAUCAGUCGCGACGGCCGGAUUGGUGUAGGGGAUUGUAUCUUAUCCAUUAAUGAAGAAUCUACCACCAAUCUAACUAGCGCCCAGGCAAGAGCCAUGUUAAGGAGACAUUCUCUCAUUGGACCUGACAUAAAAUCUCCUCCAGCACCUGCUGAUGAUCAGGCCCCCUUUUAUGUGGUUACCUAUGUUCCUGCAGAGCUUUUGGAAGAGUACAGAGCAAAUUUAGGACACCAGUCUGGGGAAACAAUGUCGCUUGAUAUGUUUUCAUCUUAUCCUGCCAGGGAAAUCCCAGAACUCCCAGAACGUGAAGAAGGAGAGGGAGAAGAAAGCGAGCUUCAGAAUGCAGCCUACAGUAGUAACUGGAGUCAGCCAAGGAGGGUCGAGCUAUGGAGAGAACCAAACAAAUCCCUGGGCAUCAGCAUUGUUGGUGGACGUGGGAUGGGAAGUCGGCUAAGCAACGGUGAAGUGAUGAGGGGUAUCUUCAUCAAGCAUGUUCUGGAAGAUAGUCCAGCUGGCAAAAAUGGAACCUUAAAAACGGGAGAUAGAAUAGUAGAGGUGGAUGGAAUGGACCUCAGAGACGCAAGCCAUGAACAAGCUGUGGAAGCCAUACGGAAAGCAGGCAACCCUGUACUCUUUAUGGUACAGAGCAUUAUAAACAGAACGAGGCCAGAGUCUGUGUCUAGCACCUCAUCAGCAUCUGCUCUCUGUGGGCAGAAACCUACUAACCCAUUUUACCAUCAGUCAUCUCAGAAACCCCCUUUGCCUUCCCUGCCGUACCAUCUUCACACUAAGUACAGUUUCAGCAGCACUAACCCCUUUGCUGAUUCUCUGCAGCUCAACACUGAUAAGGGUGUACAGAAUCCAGGUAGAGUUACCUUCCGUUGUUCCCCAACUAACCCUUUUGCUCCCACACCAUUUAAGGCAUCUAGUCAGUUGGAUUCAGAGGCUGAAAAGACUUCAUUCCCCAGCUUGUCUCUACCCCCUCCUUCAACAUUUUCUGGAAUGAGCAGUGAUACUGAAGAGUCAUGUUCCAGCAAAGUCUCAGAAGAUGGAGACAAAGAAGAUGAGUUUGGCUACAGUUGGAAAAAUAUCCUUCAGCGCUAUGGAACCCUAGCCGGUGAACUCUUCAUGAUUGAACUAGAAAAAGGUCGAACUGGUUUGGGCCUGAGUCUUGCUGGAAACAAAGAUAGAUCAAGAAUGAGUGUCUUUAUAGUUGGAAUUGACCCAAAUGGUGCAGCUGGGAAAGAUGGUCGACUGCAGAUUGGAGAUGAACUUCUGGAGAUAAAUGGGCAAAUUUUAUAUGGAAGAAGUCAUCAGAAUGCCUCAUCAAUAAUUAAAUGUGCCCCAUCAAGAGUAAAAAUCAUUUUUAUCAGAAAUAAAGAUGCAGUGAAUCAAAUGGCUGUUUGUCCUGGUAAAGGACUGGAAGGUUUACCUUCUACUGUAGAGGCUCUUCAGAAUCAGGAGGCUGAAUUGAGUACUACCAGUUCUAUUAUAGCAAUAGACUUCAGUUCUUUUAAAAAUGUCCGUCAUCUGGAACUUCCCAAGGAUCAAGGGGGUUUGGGCAUUGCUAUCAGUGAAGAAGAUACACUUAAUGGAGUUGUCAUAAAGAGUCUAACUGAUCAUGGAGUAGCAGCAAAGGAUGGACGUAUCAAAGUUGGAGAUCAGAUCUUAGCAGUGGAUGAUGAAGUUGUUGUGGGCUAUCCUGUGGAAAAGUUUAUAAAUCUUUUGAAGACCGCAAAGAACACAGUGAAGCUUACUAUUAAUGCGGAGGACCCAGAAGUCCAGCCUGUCCAGUCAACCCUCAGUGCAUCCAUUGGAGAAAAAAAGAACACAGCACAAACUCCAGUGAUGCCCCCUUCUGGAUCUCCAGAACCUGAACCUAUCAGAAGUACAAGCAGGUCAUCCACCCCAGCUACUUUCCCUUCUGACCCAGCUACCUGUCCAAUUAUCCCUGGCUGUGAAACAACAAUUGACAUUUCCAAAGGACGCACUGGGCUUGGAUUGAGCAUCGUUGGAGGAGCAGACACUUUGCUGGGCGCCAUUAUUAUCCAUGAAGUUUAUGAAGAAGGAGCUGCCUGUAAAGAUGGAAGACUUUGGGCUGGGGAUCAGAUUUUAGAGGUGAAUGGGAUUGAUCUCAGAAAUGCUACACAUGAUGAAGCUAUUAAUGUACUGAGGCAGACUCCUCAGAAAGUGCGCCUGAGUAUCUACAGGGAUGAGGCCCAAUAUAAGGAGGAGGACAUGUAUGACAUGUUCAAUGUAGAACUGCAAAAGAAACCUGGAAAAGGACUUGGAUUGAGCAUUGUUGGAAAAAGAAAUGAUACUGGAGUAUUUGUGUCAGACAUUGUGAAAGGAGGAAUUGCAGAUAUGGAUGGAAGAUUGAUGCAGGGAGACCAGAUAUUAAUGGUGAAUGGGGAGGAUGUUCGUAAUGCCACUCAGGAAGCUGUUGCAGCAUUACUAAAGUGUUCUGUUCUUCAGUGUUCUCUAGGUACAGUAAGAUUGGAAGUUGGAAGAAUCAAAACAGGUUCAUUCCAUUCAGAGAGGAGGACAUCCCAAAGUAGCCAGAUGAGUGAAGGAAGUCUGUCAUCCUUUACUUUCCCUGUUUCUGGAUCCAAUGCAUCAGAGGCAUUUGACAGUGUUUCAAAGAAGAAUGCCUUGGCUUUGGAAAUACAAGGAUUAAGAACAGUUGAAAUAAAAAAGGGUCCUGCUGAUUCACUGGGAAUCAGCAUUGCUGGAGGCGUAGGCAGUCCACUUGGUGAUGUCCCAAUAUUCAUUGCCAUGAUGCAUCCGAAUGGAGUUGCUGCACAGACCCAAAAACUCAGAGUUGGGGAUAGGAUUGUGAGUAUUUGUGGAACUUCAACUGAGGGUAUGACUCAUUCUCAAGCAGUGAGUUUACUGAAAAAUGCUUCUGGCUCCAUUGAAGUACAGGUGGUUGCUGGAGGAGAUGUUAGUGUGGUCACCAGCCCACAACAGGAGCCAAUUGGCUCUGGUCUUUCCCUGACAGGCCUGACAUCAAACAGUAUUUUUCAGGAUGAUUUGGGCCCUCCUCAGUAUAAGAGUAUUACCCUUGACCGGGGACCAGAUGGUCUGGGCUUCAGUAUAGUGGGAGGAUACGGCAGCCCUCAUGGAGACUUACCCAUUUAUGUCAAAACAGUAUUUGCAAAGGGAGCUGCAGCUGAAGAUGGGCGCCUGAAAAGAGGUGAUCAGAUAAUUGCUGUCAACGGGCAGAGCCUGGAAGGAGUGACCCAUGAGGAAGCAGUUGCCAUCCUGAAGAGGACAAAAGGCACUGUCACGCUGACCAUUCUGUCAUGACCUGAGCUGUCCUGGUUGGGUCAUCAGAUCACCUUAUUGAAUAUUCCUUUUACUUAGUAAAGAGAAAGGAGUUUUUCUUAUCACUUUUUUCCCACGUCAUCUUUGCUGGACUCUUCAGUUGUGCCAGAGGACAAUGACAUUCAAUUAUAUACUUUUUCUCAUUUUAAAAAUAUUUCAUGCAAUCAAUUCCUGUGGUGUCUUUGUGGAUCUACUACUGAAUAUCCUCACUUGGCCAUUAUCCCUUGUUAUGUCCCAUUUUCACCCCUAGUUAUUGUCUUUAAUCCCCAAAGAGAAAAUAUGUGAGUAACCCCAUCACAUCUUUGCGAAGAUAUGUGAAAUUUUGUAAAGGAUAAAGCAGAAAUAUGUGUCAAAAUAAUUGCUAGAGACAGAAAAAGUAUAUGGACAUUUUUGGAGGAGGUUAAGUGUUGGUAGAAUUUAAGGUAAAAAAGAAAAUGUAGGUGUUUAAACAGUUAGGUGUGAUCUGGCCAACAUUCCCUCCCCUCCUACAAACACACAAAAAGUGUACUCUGGUGUGCAAAGCUGCAAUUAAUUUUUUUCAGUAAUACCCUUAGCUUGAGUAUUGCCAGUGUGGACAAGGAUUUCUCUUUGCCCUCUAUCUGUUUCUGCUGAAUCAGUCUUUCUAAACUUAGGUUGGGGGCAGACAGUAUAUAAAACAUCAUCUCUGAAUGAUUUUGAAGAAGAAAAAUACUCUAAGGCUCUUAAGAAUUUUCCUUUUCACUAAUGACCUAUUCUAGGAUAUAUUCCCAUUAUUGUAGGCAUUUGCUUCCAUUACUCUGCAGUGUAUAUUUUUUCUGCAGGAAGAAGCCAGGCUAAAAAUGGAGUGGUAUUAGAAAACCUGAAAUAUUUCAAGUGCUAGUUUUAAGUACCAAGGCAACACUAAAAUGUGUUAAUGAUCUGGGUGAUUGGCUUAACAAUUAGUAUUAAUUUUAAUGUCUGAAAACAACAGUGUGUUAGUAAUUAUUUUGGUGAUAAGCCAUUAGUAAAUUCAUAGGAAAAUUAAGGGGAUUAACAUAACUUCAUUUCAUUACUUCCUAUUAACAUCUUAUAGUACAAUAGCCUCAGACCAAGGAAAACAGAUGGGACUGUUUAUUGAGACAACUGGUGAGGCAUUUUCAUGUGUUCCUUCCCAUUUUAGAGCGUGAAACUCCUACAUUAGAAUAUGUAAAGUCUCUUUAAAUAUUAUCUAUAUUUGUAACAGAAGUAGUGUACAGAUAUUUUAUUACUGCAUUCUUGUGCAAAUGCAGAACUGAAGUGAAUAAAUAUGAGGCUGUCUCACUGGUGUACAAAUAAAGAAACAGAUGUAUGUUUUGUUUUAAUGGGAA